UCCAUAAACACAGGUGAAACUUCCUCAUCUUAGGAUUUAUCUCAUGAAAUUACUCAGCAACAACACGGCCCUGGUCUCUGAAUUCCUCCUCAUCUGCUUCCCUAACUACCAGGGUUGGCAGCACUGGCUGUCCCUGCCCCUCAGCCUCCUCUUCUUUGUGGCCGUGGGGGCCAACGCCACCCUCCUGAUCACCAUCUGCCUGGAGGCUUCUCUGCAUGAACCCUUGUACUACCUGCUCAGCCUGCUCUCCCUGCUGGACAUCGUGCUCUGCCUCACCGUCAUCCCCAAGGUCCUGGCCAUCUUCUGGUUUGACCUCAGGUCCAUCAGUUUUUCUGCCUGCUUCCUCCAGAUGUUCAUCAUGAACAGUUUUCUCACCAUGGAGUCCUGCACAUUCAUGGUCAUGGCCUUUGACCGCUAUGUGGCCAUCUGCCACCCACUGCGGUACCCAUCCAUCAUCACUAACCAAUUUGUGGCCAAAGCUAGUGUCUUCAUUGUGGCUCGAAAUAUUUUUCUGCUUUCACCUGUCCCCAUUCUCUCUGCUCGGCUUCAUUAUUGUGGAAAAAAUGUCAUUGAGAACUGCAUCUGUAGCAACCUGUCUGUGUCUAGGCUCUCCUGUGAUAAUUUCACACUUAACAGAAUCUACCAAUUUGUGACUGGUUGGACCUUGCUGGGCUCAGAUUUCAUUCUCAUUUUCCUCUCCUAUACCUUCAUUCUAAGGGCUGUGUUUAGGUUCAAAGCUGAGGGGGCUGCAGUGAAGGCCUUGAGCACAUGUGGCUCCCACUUCAUCCUCAUUAUAUUCUUCAGCACCAUCCUGCUGGUGGUUGUAUUGACAAAUGUAGCCAGAAAGAGUGUCCCCAUGGACAUCCUCAUCCUGCUCAAUGUCCUUCACCACCUUAUUCCUCCUGCCUUGAACCCUAUUGUGUAUGGAUUUCAUACCAAAGAGUUAAAACAGGGAUUUCAGAAGUUGCUGAAGGGGAGGCUUUGAAUACAGAGAGGGGUGGUCUAUAGAGACGCUUGUUAUUGCUAUUUCCUCUAUUUCAGGAUCUGUUACUCCAGACAAUACAUUAAUAUUCAGGUACUGAGUAUUUCAUGCCUACUUUCUGCCCCUAUAGUGUCAACAAUUAAUGUGGACCUCUUAGUACCUAACCAAAGUUCAUUUGUCUAAUUCAUAAUAUAAUAUGCAACUUUCUAUCUUAAUAUUUACAAUUUUUAAAUGUUUUGUCCUCACAAAAUUGUGUAGAGUAGGAUUAUUUUUCCACUUUAUACCUUAGACAAAAUUUGGGAAGAAAUACAACUAUCUUCUCUAGUGAAUAGUAGAGCAUCAAUUCCAGCACAGGUCUGACUCCCUAGCCUUUCCAUUCUACAGCACUCCUUCCUCAAAUGAGUGAAAGCCCUUUGCUCUGCUCUUUAGAUUGUGAUCUUUGGGUCAUUAUUAUGAAUCUUUUGCUGCCUUCAGAUUGAGAAAGAUCCAAGGGGAGGCACAGAACUCAGAUAUGUCAUCACUACUUUUUCUGACCAUCACAGCUCAAGCAUCUUUCACAAAAGGAAAAUAGUAAUAAAAAUAAUAAAAUAAUAAUAACAAUUUUACCGGUAUAUGCUCAGCAGAAGCCUCACACAUCUGUACAUUUCUUAUGGAAAGGCUAGGCUGCUGAGAACCCUCAUGGAGGUAGAGAUGGGAAAUGAGAAGACCAGGGAUGUGGGCAGUGGCAAAAUUGACUGUGGUGGUAUUGGAGAUUGUUUUUUAUAUUGAAAGCUUCAUCCCAUGUGGUCUGGAAUCUGGAACUCAAGAAUUUCCAGUGAGAGGUGUAUAAAUAUAGAAAAUAGUUAAACUCUGGACAUCAUAAUGUAAUGAAACUAGGUGAGGAAAUAAAUUAUGUAGUUGGUAGGCAGCAAUGUCUUUAUUUACAUAGAUAAUAGGGAAUUGAAGUUUCAGGGCCACCCAAGAAGCUUAUCCAAAGGUCAUAUAUUGACCUUUAUUUGCAAAAUUCCAUAAAGUGAAAGCAAGGGCCACUCUAUUUCUUGGUCCUUAUCCACUGGUUCUGGUGAGUACAUUCCAUACCUUCUUAAAUCAAAGACAUUUUAAAUAAAGAGAGUACUAGUACUUACUUUUUAAAAAAUAUUAUCUUUUUUGUUCUAUGAAAUGUCUCUUGAAUGGCAACUUGCAAAUAUUAGAUGAAUAUAUAUAUGUAUAUAUAAUAUGGCAUUAGAGUAUAAUGAGCAUUUGGUGAAUGGUGGGAAUUGCUUUAUUCCUUUGAUUGCAAAGGGCAUGAAAGAUUAGAAAAUAUUUUAUUUUUCUUGAAAGAAUGGCCAGACCUGAUCAUGCAUUUGAUAUGUGGAGUAGGUGAGAAGAGAGAGAAAGAUAACUACAUUUUCAAGUUUGCAUGCAAAUAUUUCUGUGAGUUUAGUCAAUGCCACUGUGGUAUUCAAGGAAUACUGGCAUAAGCUUCUCUUCUUAUUAUUAAAGACAGAGAUUGAGGUCCCCAGAAUGACAUAUAAUUGACUUGGGGUCCUGGUCAUGUCAUUGUCUUUAUUUAACCCUGUGAGAAAAGAUUAGUAGUUAUAUGGUCUUCCCUGAGACACUCAUAUUAAUUUUGAGUUAAUUGCACACACAAGUUAGUUUUGAGUUAGUUGCACAUGUAAGAAUGAAAGAUUGGUAGAUUUUUCACUUAUAAGAAAAUCUAAAUGCUAUCCUUAUCCUGGAGGUCCUGAAUUAGUCAUAUCUUACUUGAUUUCCCAUUUCUGGACAUCACUGCUCUUCUCCCAGUCUUAAAAUCUAUUUUCUUCAACUUUCUUAGAUUUGCUCUGGAGUCUCCAAAUCAUCCCGACCUCUGGUCCCUUAGAGGGGCAUUCCCUUCUUUGUGUACAUAGUUUUCCUAAGGCUGUUUUCAGCUGUUAAACAGAGCUCUCCCAAAUGUGGAGAAGGAUGAAGCUUGUGUAGCCACAAAUCCAACCAUGAGAUCAGGAUGGAGAUAGAAGUUGGGAUUCUAUAUACUCAAGACUGACUUCAGCUUGUCAAAAUGGAGGAAUCUGGAACACAUCAUGCUGAGUGCA